AUGGGGUGCAGGUCCAAAGUCGACCUGACAGAGACCGUCAAGCACUGCAGAACCAAACAGCCAGGUAAAGAGGGCAUCCGUUGUGGCAGGUUCUCGGCCCAACACGAUCUGUCUGCCAGGUUGCCGGGCUGGCUGCCUGCAAGGUUGCCAACACGCAGCUCGCGAAGCUCGCGGCCCACCUGUAAAGAUGGCCCCUCUGCCCUAUGCCUCGUUGGAAACAUCAGGACUCUUCCAUACACCAUGGAGUACAUUGAGAGGUUUGCCGUUGCAAAUUCGCUGGAUGUCUACAUGGUGCUGCAGCGAGGCCAAAGACAAGGCUCAUCCUGGCUAACGUAUGGUGCAGACUUCUACGGUUCCGAGACGGAGGACUUGAUUCUCCAUCAGCUCCAGACACUGAGUCCGAAUUCCAGUGCGAUGCGAAUCCGCGAGAUCAUCGAGGUGAAAGACGGCAGCUGUGCCGAAUACCGCCGCAGCUUCCUUUCCCACCAGAAGGUGUUAACGUAUUCAAACUGCUGGGACCAUGCUUCCAAUUCCCAGAUCCGUUGGUUGAGGACUUGCUUUGACCGUGUGCUAGCCAGCGGUGUGCAGUAUGGUCGUGUAGUCCGAAGUCGACCGGAUGUCGCUCUGUUCCGCGACAUCCACCUGUCAUCUUACUCCUGUGGCAGCAUCUUUGUCCCCUACAAAAGCGACCCGUCUCCGGUUGCUGGCGACUGGUUCUUCUUCCUUGACUUCGCGGUGCUGAGGAGUUGGUGGAGCAGUGUGGAGGCCGCCUCCAGCUCUCACCAAUGGCCUUACCCGGACUUCUACAUCUUCAAAAGAGCGGCUCUGAAGCGUACCCACUUGCCCGCGGUAAUUGUCCGCGCGCCACAUGUGGUGGAGUGCUGCCGGCUGAGCCAGGAUGGAGGACAGGAGCACUCGCAAGGAGAAGCGCUCGACCAGGAAUGUCGACGACUUCUCCGGAGUGGGCAUUUCUCUGGAGUAUGGAGGUCCUUCACGCUAAAAGUACGAGAGAAACAUGCAGAGCCUUAG